UUGGGGGGUGUUUUGCGGUUAUUAGUAGAGAAGCAAGACUGUUAAUUACUUCCCCUCAAAAAAUCAAUCAGAAAAUCCACCAGACAUGGAGAAACACGAAGAAAUCUCUUCCAAUUCUCUUUCACCGCCGACUGUGAUCGACGAUUGGGCAUCUUUCAGGGACGACGAUAUCAUGCAUCAACAUUAUGCUAUUCGCGCAGAACAAGCUGAUAAAAUCCAUUUUCUUGGCGACAAGGAACCUCUCUCUGCUUUAGCUGCAGAAUAUCAAUCUGGGAGCGAUAUCUUGCUUGAAAAGAUAAAGCUUCUUGGUGAAAAAUACACUGCAAUAAGGCGAACUCGAGGAGAUGGAAAUUGCUUUUUCAGAAGUUUCAUGUUCUCUUUCUUGGAGCAUAUACUAGAAACUCAAAACAAGGCUGAGGUAGAUUCUGUUAAGGCCAAUGUUGAAGAAUGUCGGAAGACACUUCAGGGUCUUGGCUAUGCGGACUUUACAUUUGAAGAUUUUUUUACGUUAUUUCUUGAGCAGCUGGAAGAUGUUAUUCAAGGGGCAGAUGCUUUAAUAAGUAAUGAUGAACUCGUUCAGAGGAGCCGGGAUCAAACAAUAUCUGAUUAUGUUGUAAUGUUCUUUAGAUUCGUAACGUCCGGGGAGAUACGAAAACGUUCGGAGUUUUUUGAGCCAUUCAUACUUGGAUUAACAAAUGCUACGGUGGAUCAGUUCUGCAAAUCAUCAGUGGAACCCAUGGGUGAAGAAAGUGAUCAUGUCCACAUCAUUGCUCUAUCAGAUGCUUUAGGUAUUCCGGUUCGGGUUGUAUACCUGGAUCGUAGUUCUUGUGACACUGGUGGUGUCAAUGUGAAUCAUCAUGAUUUCAUACCUUCUUCCCUGACGAAUGGCGGAGACGGCUUGGAGAUCAUUCCGUACAUAACCCUGCUUUAUCGUCCAGGCCAUUAUGACAUUUUAUACCCGAAAUAAUGCAAUGAUGUAUCUGUAUAUGCUGCUGGGUGAAGGGUGAUAUUCCAUGACAAGGGAAUAGGUGAAAUACAGUAGUUGGGAGCUAUGACUAGCCAAAUUUCCAUCAAAAGCAUAUCUGUCUAAAAAGACCAUCAACGUUGCAUCUGGGAAAUUGUUGGACAGUCGAAAAAACUUGGGAGUUAUCGGUCAUUUGCUUUCGAAUUAAAAAAUAUUGCAGCAUCAUAAAAUAGCUUGUUCUGUUUAUAUGGAGAGGUGAUGCAUUGGCUUGGGAACGUAAAUUUUCGAAUCUGAAUGGCAACUGCUUUGUUCAUACCAA